AUGCGCGUCGGGGACAGUCCCGGCGGCUCUCCGUGGCCAGCCCCGUCGCCGACUUGGAACCAGAGCCGGGGGUGCUUCGGGGAGGCGGAAGGCGCCGGCGAAGCCCGCGCGGAGGAGCUGCCGCCGUCCGGCAGCGGCGCCAACGACAGCAGCAACUUCUACGGGCGGGACGAAGAGCUGGCCAAGCUGGAGAUUGCCGUGCUGGCCUUGACGUUCGCCUUGGCCGUGCUGGGCAACUGCCUGGUGCUGCUGGCGCUCCACCGGACUCCGCGCAAGAAGGCGUCGCGCAUGCACCUCUUCAUCCGGCACCUCAGCCUGGCCGACCUGGCGGUGGCCUUCUUCCAGAUCCUGCCACAGCUCUGCUGGGACGUGACGUACCGCUUCCACGGGCCAGACGGGCUGUGCCGCGUGGUGAAGCACCUGCAGGUCUUCGGCAUGUUCGCCUCGGCGUACAUGCUGGUGGUCAUGACGGCCGACCGCUACAUCGCCGUGUGCCACCCGCUCAAGACGCUCCAGCAGCCGGCCCGGCGCUCGCGCUGCAUGAUCGCGGCCGCCUGGGCGCUCAGCUUCCUGCUCAGCCUACCGCAGUACUUCAUCUUCUCGCUCAGCGAGGUGGAGCGCGGCUCGCAGGUCUACGACUGCUGGGCGCACUUCAUCAUGCCCUGGGGGGCCCGCGCCUACAUCACCUGGAUCACCGGCGGCAUCUUCGUGGCGCCCGUCGUCAUCCUGGCCACCUGCUACGGCUUCAUCUGCUUCCACAUCUGGAGCAACGUCCGCGACAAGACCCGGAGGCAGAGGCCGGAGGUGGCUGCGCCCCGAGGGGGCGUCCUCCGCAAGGGACUGCACCACACGCCCUGUGUCAGCAGCGUCAAGAACAUCUCCCGCGCCAAGAUCCGCACCGUCAAGAUGACCUUCGUCAUCGUUUCGGCUUACAUCGUUUGCUGGGCGCCCUUCUUCACUGUUCAGAUGUGGUCCGUCUGGGACAGGCACUCCUCCUGGAUCGAGUCUGAGGACAUUGUAGUUACAGUCACUGCCCUUUUAGCCAGCUUGAACAGUUGUUGCAAUCCAUGGAUCUACAUGUUCUUUAGUGGGCACCUUCUGCAAGAUUUCAUUCAGAGCUUUCCGUGCUGUCAGAAACUGAAACAGACACUGAAUAAAGAAGAUUCUGAGAGCAUCAGCAGGCGACAGACUUCUUUCACCAAUAACAGAAGCCCAACAAACAGUUUGGACACAUGGAGAGAAUCUCCAAAUUUAUCCAAGUCUACAAAGUUCAUCCCUAUUUCUUCCUGA